GGGGGACGGGGCGCGAGCGAGCGAGCGAUGGCCGACGAGGCGGAGAGAGAAUCUCUGCUGCACGAACACGACCACGACCACCGCCCGCCUGACAGUCCGGCCUCCUGCUGCGGCCGCGUCGCCUCCGCCUUGUGCGACCCGCGGCGAUGGCCUCACCGAAUCGUGGUGCUCGUCCUCAUGUGUUUCCUGGGUUUCGGUAGCUAUUUCUGUUAUGACAACCCAGCUGCUCUGCAAACCCAAGUUAUGAGUGAUAUGCAAGUCAAUACUGCUAAAUUCAUGCAGCUAUAUGCCUGGUAUUCUUGGCCCAAUGUUAUACUAUGCUUUCUUGGAGGAUUUUUACUGGACAGAGUAUUUGGAAUGCGUUUGGGAACAAUAAUCUUCAGCUUGUUUGUCUGUGUUGGGCAAGUUAUUGUUGCAACUGGAGCUCUGUUGAAUGCGUUUUGGCUUAUGGAACUUGGAAGAUUUGUGUUUGGGAUUGGUGGUGAGUCACUAGCCGUUGCACAAAAUACAUAUGCCGUCAGCUGGUUUAAAGGCAAAGAACUAAACCUUGUGUUUGGGUUACAACUGAGCAUGGCUAGACUGGGUAGUACUGUGAACAUGAACAUUAUGGGAUGGAUCUAUUCCAGAGCAGCAGAGAUGGUAGGCUCCGUGGGCCACAGGUCUCUUGGUAUAAGUCUCAUGAUAGCUGCCUCAACAUGUGUGUUCUCCUUGUUGUGUGCGUUCUUCAUUGGUUACUUGGACAGAAGAGCCAAGAGGAUUUUAAACAAAGAUCAGGGUAAAACAGGUGAAGUUGUUAAGCUGACAGAUGUAAAAGAUUUCCCAUUAUCCCUCUGGCUUAUAUUCCUCAUCUGUGUCUGUUAUUAUGUGGCUAUAUUUCCAUUUAUUGGACUUGGAAAAGUGUUCUUCAUUGAGAAAUUCAACUUUACUGUAAAGGAAGCCAGUUUUAUCAACAGCAUUGUAUACAUUAUCUCGGCUCCAGCUUCGCCUUUUCUGGGCAUUUUGGUGGAUAAAGUCGGAAAGAAUAUUUUUUGGGUUAUGUCUGCUGUUCUGAUGACUCUGGCUGCUCAUAUGAUGUUAGCAUUCACCUUCUGGAAUCCUUGGAUUGCCAUGUGUCUGCUGGGAGCAUCGUAUUCUUUGCUUGCCUGUGCAUUGUGGCCAAUGGUGGCCUUCGUUGUUCCUGAACACCAGCUGGGAACAGCUUAUGGCUUCAUGCAGUCCAUACAGAAUCUGGGUCUUGCGGUGGUUUCAAUCGUUGCAGGUUCUUUAUUGGAUUCAAAAGGGUACCUACUACUUGAAGUGUUUUUUUGUGCUUGUCUCUGUGUGGCAUUUAUAGCUGUUGUGGCGCUCUAUUUUGUGGAUUUAUUGUCAGAAGGUGACCUGAACGUGACUGCAUGGAAGCGUUCAAAACUCCAAGCUGAUGCUGCAGCAGAGUAAGUACAAUUCGGGCAAAACUAUUUGUCAGAUGCACCGAAUAUGA